CUUGACCUGGGUGGAGGCAUCAGCAUUCACACAAGUGACUACUUCAAAUUCCGUCGCACAAAUGCCAAUCGCUACAUUAACGACUUGCUUCGCUAUUUUUUCCCCGUUGAGGUGCUGGCAACUUCUUCAUUAACAGGGGGAGAGUGCUUUGCAAAUAAAGCAAAAAGAACAUCAUUAAAGAAUCAGCUGGACCCCUGCAUUAUCAGAGUCAUUACUCAUGAUGCUAUUCGCAACUUCCCAACUAUUGACGAGAAGAAAGUCAGGAAUGCCAUUCGCCGAAAACUGAACACAGAGUCUCGCAUAUAUCGGAGUCAGGAGAGGUUUGGUGCUCCAGGUAGAAGGAAUACAUUGCAGCGGAGGAGAAGUCAUUACAUUGAAUCACCAAGGGCACUUGUCUCGAUUGAAAAGUCUGACCGCGAAAAAGAUAAAGGUCCAGCGAUGGUGACCCCAAACGUUACUCUUGAAAAGGCACUCUCAAAAGAUGUUGCCCGCAGGUCAUAUUCUUCUCCUGUGCAACAAGUUCAACAGAUGGCUGACAAAGAAGCAGCGAAGAGGGACUCUGAGACUGCCUCCUCAUCUUACUUCAACCGGCAAGAGAAACAGACUCCCACGAGAGUUAGCGAUCAGCACCAGGGCUCCUCCAACUCUGCCACUCCUACACCCAUAGCCACACCAACCCUACCUUCAGCAUCUUCAUCGCCUGCCACAACCACAGACAAGACCUUCAAGAUAAGCCAUGAAAUGGUUAAGGCAGAAAUCCCUACAACUGCACAGUAUUUACCACAAGAGUAUUCUUAUCCAUCAGUGAUGCCACCACACGUCAGUCAGGCUUACCUCCCACACCACAUGGCGGCUGCAGACCCCACAUACCUGAGGCGCUUGGAGAUGAGCCAGGGAGCCCCCCACCCUGCAACUCUCUCUUAUACAUACCCUCAUGCAACCUUGCCCACAUCGGAUUCACUGGAACCCAGCCUUCACAUGUACUGACCUCUUCAUGAAGGAGGUAAGGGCUAAGGACAUUGUUGUCAGUUCAUAUUCUUUUCAAACAUUUUGGGUUCUACAGUUAAAAGGCUUCAGUCUUAUACUUGCUAGUUUUAGAUAAAAUUGCAAUGCUUCAAAAAAUAAAAAAAGCUGAUGUCUGGUUUAAAGGUGGGGAAAGUUAAUGUUUUUAGUAAGUUUAUUAGAAAGGAAUUUAGACCUCUUCAGUGGUUGUGUGGUGCUGGGUUUCAACCUCUUGAUAACCUAUAUACCAUUGGAAUUAUUUGAUCUGACACUUGUAAAUUGGUUGCUCUAAGUUUUUUAAGUAUCAUUCUAUUCCAUGUGUGCGUCUGUCUGAAUGUAUGCAGCAUUGUUAAGUAAUUAGGUGACAAGUGGUUGUAUAGUGUUCAAGGUAACAGUAAGUUGUUCUUAACUACUUGUUAUUUCAAUAUAAGUUGAAGAGUUAUUUCCCUUACUUAGACCUUUAGUUAUGUGUGUGUGUGUGUGUGGUAUGCAAUUUUAUUGUGUAGAUUUUGUUAAAUACUGUUUGAUCUUAUAUCAGUUAGUUUGACUUCUCCUUUUGGAUGAUAAGUCAUAAGGACAUGCUUCUGUACAGCUUUUAUAGUGUAUUCUCAGAGUAUUCUGAAGUUCCUUAAUAACAAUGGUUAGUGUUAACAGAAAAUUAAAAUAUUAUACUGUUAUUUCACAAGGGCAUUUCAGUCAUAAAAUAGUUAAGGUAGUUUGAAGUGUAUGAAAUUGUUCAGUUUGUGAGUUUUCUGAUUAUGUACUUCUCCCUCCCAAGAAAUAACCUCACGUUGAGUGUGUGUUUGCCACCAAAACCUGGAGAAAUAAAAUGCAGGGGAUGCUUUUCCUACUAUUGAUGGGGACUAAAUUGUACAAGUAACUUGCUGUUCUGUAAAUAUAGUUUUACCUGAUGCUGUUUUUAGACUGAAUUGGCUUGUAGGUUUUCAUGAGAGGUCAUUUUAUUUAUUUUACAGAUCCCAUGAGUUUUAUUUGUAGAUCUAUGUACAGCAUAUAUAUGUAUAAAUAAUUUUUCCUGUUUUUAUACAAACCCAUUUUCUAACGUUCCUUUGUAAAUUUUCCUUUGGGAAAGGGGGAUAGUUGUUGGUAAAUAAUAUUCCCUACAUAUAUAUAUAUGGUAUUAACCUUUCCAGUUAUAUAUUUUAAACUUUUACCUCUACUACAACGCAUACUGGCCUCAACCUCAGAAUUAUUCUGUGUAAGAUACCUAAGUAAAUGUACAUUACUGUACUAUUGUCAGUGAGUAUUAACGUGAAUAUAUAAUUAUGUAAAUAUUGAGAGCAUUAAAGAAAUGGUAUUUCAAAAGAUGGGUAAUUCCAGUGUCCUGUGCGCUUGUGAUAGUUUAUAUUUUGAAAUUAUUAGGGCAUAGAACAUUGCUGUCUUUAUCAAAGCUGCUUAAAGUUUUAAGAUACACAAAGAAAACACAGAUUGGGAGUAUGCUGGGGUAUAAAUAUCAUCAGUAUUUAUGUUUUUUUUUAUGCCAGGUUUCCCUUCUUAGGUAGGUCUUCAUAUGUGCUCUUUUCCCUUGAUUUCUUAACCUUCCUGGUGGUGUAUGCUUGUUAAUUUUUUAUCUGCUAUUUUUGACCAAUUGUACCUCUUAUUUUCAUGUGCCCAACUGACCUUAGCCUUUGAGGUUGUAAUCUUAAUAUCUUGUUGUCACAACUGUUCAAAAUCUUCAUUUUCUUUGUACAUUCUCAUGUCUUGAAGUAUGCAAUUUGACUGCAUAAUUGAUUAGUGACUUUCAAACAUUUAAUUUAUAUUUUGUCACAAGUUAUUUUGCAUUGGUUUUGAGAUCCUAAUUUGGCCUAAUAUUAUUCAGAUCAUCUUUGCGAACAAAAUAUGGCUGAAUUGUUCUGAAGACAGUGAAUCUAUAAGUAAGAAUUUUAAAUGUUUUGAUAGUGAGAAUUUCUAGUAUAUUUUGGACUGCAGAAAAUUGUAAACAUUUUUAUUUUUAUAACUUACAUUAUCAUUAGAUCUGAUUAGCAUAAUAGGAGAAAAACAAAGCAACAUACUUGAGUGAAAAUUCACUAUUUAACAAACAUCAUGCAUAUAAUAGGAACAUGAAAAAGGGCAAAGUACUUGAAGAUCAGGACUGAAGAUCAGGUAGGGGUUUAAGACAUUGAGUAGCUAACUUCAUCACCCCACGUAUUUACACCAGGUUGUUUUACAAAACAGGUUUAAUUUAUAGUACAAGUAAAAGCAAGACUUAGUAUAUGCAAAGGGGCUCAUCCAUUCAUUUGCUCCUCCAUUAAGGGGCCUGCUUUUAUGGGUACAAAAUGGUCAGAUGAUAGCUUCUUAAUCAUCUGAAAUCAAAAGCAUAAUUUUGUGUAGACGUUUAGCAUCAUCUUUUUGUUGAAACAGUUGAAAAGUGAUUUUUCUGGUAUGUUUUGAACAAAUGUGAUGUGGUAAUCAUUGGAAAUUUAAGGUUUUUGAUAUAGGUAAAUACCCUAAAUUAUAUAAGUUACGGAUGUCCAGCAAAAAGUCUAUUUCCUAUAUUUCAGCAAGUAUGGGAAUACUCCAGAAUAAUCGUAUUUCAACAGGGCUUUAUCUUAACCUAGUACCUAGUAUGCACAGCCUCACUGUUCUUGAAAUUCCCUUACUGACAUCAUAUCCUCUUAAAAUUAAAGCACAAAAGAAUCCUACUCACAGGAAUAACAACAUAACCUAACCUAACCUAACCUCAGGUGGCCCAGGCUGAUGAUCAGGAUUUUGUUUGUCAUCUUAAGACAACCUCGAAUAGCAAGUGAGACUUGAUCUCAGAGGUGUAACAAAUUGUAAAAGAUACUGAUUUAGUAACCAGCUGAGUUUCAUCAGAUUUCAUGAGUAAGUAUCGUGCAAGAUGGUUGUAUACAACACAUAUUUGCCAUGUCUUUAAUGUCCCCCUACAAACACUCCCUGCUCUCAGUAUAAACUUUCUGAUUUCAUGCAUCCCUAAAAUUCAAGGAGUGAUCAUUGGUGUAUACUAUUCAUCUGUGGUGAUCCAAUUCUCUGUAAUCACUUACAAAUAAAUGUCAAUCUUACACUGAGGCUGAAUAUUCGUUUUGUAAGUACUAUUGCUAUUGAGAGCAGCUGUCCUUAACUCUUUUCAGCUCAUUGGAACUAAGGUCAGGAGAACAGUGAACCAUUACUCACUAACACAUUAAUUUUCUCAAAAAACUUACCUGACUUAAACUAGGACCACUUUCAUAUUUUUUCACUAAUAUAAUUUCAUCAAACUACACUGCCAUCGUUAGAGUUUUGGUUAAUGAACAAAUGAUCAGUCACCUCAAAGCAAAAUGAAUGCCAAUCAGCUAAUUUUAAAUAAAAAAGGACAAUUAGUCAUUUAUCGGUUUAUGAUCCAGGUUAUGACUUAAAUUGAAUCAAGAACCCAUGGAGGAUUAUUAGUGGUAAUUAAAAAGAUUCCCCUGAAAUUUGUAAGGCAAUAAGCACAUCAAAGUUAUUUUGUUUGUUUUAGGGAUGGCCCUGUCUUUGAGGCAUACCCAAGGAUAAUAUAUAUAUUUUUUUUUUCAAGAACGCAAACUUUCACAGUAAGGUAGAUAGAAUACCACACUACAGAUGGCAAUACUAAAUGGAAACUAAUUUUUUGUAGAAAGAGGGAAUGUCUUGGAAUUGGAUUGAAUCACAUGCAGAACAAUCUUCGCAGUUAGUCGGACCACUUCUCAAUUUGGAAACCAGUUUCAUUGAGAAAUGGUGGUGUAUGCACUCCAAAUGUUCCAUGGCCUCCCUACCCCCAGCACUAGUCCAUAAUGAUCUGAUCUGUUCUUUAUUCUAUUUACUUCCAUAAUUUGGAGUUUUCUUCCUUUCUGCUUUUUGUAAUUAUUUUAUAUUUUUCUUUUAAGAGUUGUAUUGGGACACUGAUGUCCAUCUCAUUCUCUUCGCCAUAAUAAAGAAACGUGAUUAAUGGAAAAAACCUCGCAGUAUUAACAGUGGUGCAAUGUUGAAAAGAGAUUCAUAGUACUAGCUCAAAUAUGCCAUGAGGUACUGUACAGUAUUUUCAAACCUUGAUCGUUAGUAUUAAUUACAGUAUCAGUAGACAAGGAUAUCAAAGUCAUUUUACCAGCUAGUAUUAUAUAUAAGAACAUCUGUAUUUUUCAAAACAAUUGUAUCAGCCUUCUUAUAGUAAUGAAGUGAAGAAAUAUUGGUUGUAUGCACUUUAGACCUUUUCUUGUGAAGAGAAGAGAUGGUAGACGUGAGACCAGUAUUCCAAUCAAUGGUGGCAAGUAUAGGGGUGACAGAUUGAUUCAUUUCCAUGAACUGGCAUUGCAACAACUGUACUUAUCAGCAUGGGAGAAUAUUUGAUGAUGAGUCUUGAUGGACUUCUCUUGCAGGGACCAAGCUUGGUUUUGGUAAUUAUGCCCUAUUUAGUUUCUAAAGUGUAACUUGUUGGUAUGAUAUUUUUUUUCAUGGUGAGACUUAGUUGAAAGGAUGACGAAUUGACCUAACGGGAAAUGAACUUGCACACGCUGAACAAUUUGGCAGCUUGGCUCAGAAUUGUUUUUGAAAUAAAAAAUCCUACACUCUUAGAGCAGCAUUUAAUGUUUGUCACUUAAGAAGUGUCGAAAUGGGUGAUUUUAUAGGCAAUAAAAGAAUGAAAUGUUAAAUUAAUCUUCUCAUACUGUAUUUGUUUGAUCCUUGUACUAUAUUGCCUGGCAAAAUUUUGCAUCUUGAUUAUUAAGCACUUGUCAGUUUUUUUUUCUGAGGCACGUAUGCAUGUUGGAACACUACAGGUUUUUCUUCCUAUUCAAAAGUAAUGUUGUUUUAAACCUCUCUUCUUUAUUUGCUCUACUGAAAAAAAAGGUUAAGAUUUAACAGUGCAGUAGUAUAGGUAUACACCUUUUAAAGGUUAUAAGCAAUUGGUAUAAGCAACAUACCAUGUAUGUUAGCCCAAUGAUGUGUCUAUCAGCUAUAGGUUAUACUGAAUGAAAAGAUUUCUGAUUGUUAGCACUAGAUUUUAAAUAAGUGGUAGUGGAAGAGAGAUUUUUUUUCAAUUAUCUCUAUGUUAAUUGUAAUGCCAUUACCAGUUAGUGUUGUGUGCCUACUAUUAAUACAGAGAAUGAUAA